AUGAACAGCAAGAAGGCGGCACGGCAUACAAUUGGCAGUCAAACAAAGCCGAAAUGGACUUAUCACAUUUGCGCGGAACUCCGUGGUGCGGUAACUGCACAUCGGCCUUUUCCUAGCUGCGGAGUCCGAUGGCUUCCCGCUGCAGCUCAGAGCUCAACACCGACGGGCUUGGACUCGGAUUUCGCUGCACCGCCGUGCAGCGAGUCUCCAUGCAUGGCAAAUGUGUGUAUUCAAUCGAUCGGUCGAAGGACGAGCAUCAUACGAACUACAGCCAGAAAUCGGCUCAUCGUCGUGGGCAUCGGAGCGAAUGGAGUGCGGUCACAUUCACGGACUUUGACAUUUCACGGGGUCAUUGUUCGGGAUAUGCGCGAUGGAGAAAUUCGGCUUUUGAAGACACCGCCGGAUGUGCGUCAGAACAUGAAGCGCGAGAGGAGGGAUGCGAUUACCGAGCGUUCGGCUCUCAUGGGGAUCGGAGUAGUUCUCGGCGGAUAA